AUGACGAGUGAAUUACAAAUAGAAAAUGACAAUGAAACUGAAAUGAAUCGAAAUGAAGAUAUCGAUUCGAAAAUUGCUGAUUUUAUGGCAGAUAUUGAUGAGAUUGUUCUUGGUAAAAAAUCAACUUCCAAUAAUGUUCAUAAUCAUGAAAAAUCUGAGUGGAAAGAAUGUUUUGAUGAAACAUCUCAAUCAAUUUAUUAUUGGAAUACAAUAACAAAUGAAUGUUCAUGGGAUCCUCCUUUAAUAGCAUCACAAAAUGAUUGUACUGGAAAAUCUAUGAAUUCAACAGAUGCCGACGAAGUAAAUAUAGAGAAAAAACGUCAACAAUCAAUAACUGAUAAUAAAUCUCCCAAAAAAAUAAAAAAGCCAAGUCUUAUUGCUGAAUAUGCUUCAUCAGAAAGUGAAACAAGUGACGAUGAAGAAGAAAAUGUUGAUGAUAUUGAUGAACUUUUAAAUGAAGUACUUGAUAAAGAAAAAAAAGAUAAAAAAUGUCAACAAUCUGAUUUAUAUCCAUUAUUUGAAGCUGAUUGUCGAGCUGCAAUUGCACGUCUUAUGGAUUUAGGUGAUAAAAACAUGGAAAUUUUUACUUUACGAAUUCAAUUAGAAACACGUCUAGAAGACUGUCUUUCUGGUCAUCUAUCGAAAUCCUAUGCUGUUAGUAAAUUAGAACAAGCUCUAAUACGAAUUGAAGAAUUUGAAAAAUUAUUUCUAACGUCUUCGACAUUAUUACCAACCAUUCCAGAACCAUUAAAACCACCAUUGACAUCAAGUGAAAUGGCUCUUCUACUUUCACUUCCUCCCCCUCCACCUCCACCAAGUCCACCACCACCACCUACUUUUCCUUCUACAUCAUCCCAUGAUGAUGAUCAAACUCUUCAACUUUUUUAUGCUCAGCUUAAUUGUGAUCCACCUGACUCGACGUCUUCUAUUUUCGAUGUGGAAACAACGAUGAGUAAUAUGAAAUCUGAACAACAUCAACAUCACCCUCAAUAUCAUCAUCAUCAUCAUAAAGAUAAAAAAUCCAAACCAGCAAAAACAUUACCUACAGAUCUUAUACAAAAAUGGACUCAUGCACGUCAAGAAUUACGCGGUAUUGCUGAUAUUGAUGAUUCUUAA